CUUUUAAAAGUGCACAUUGCCUUUCCCAGCGUCUUAGUGAAACUGCUUGCUUGCGCUGCACCGCAGAACUCAAAGUAACGACUAUCUGCCCGAUAGAGAAAACAAACUGUGACAGGAAUUUAUCGCCUCACGCACAUACACACACACUCAUCUCUCUCUCUCACACGCAGUACACAAGGCUCCCAGAGUGAAGGGAAUGACGGCGAGGACCGACGCAAUGCUCCAAGAGUGAAGGGAAACGCGGCGAGGACCGACGCAAGGUUCCCAGAGUGAAGGGAAGGACGGCGAGGACCGGCGCAAGGUUCCCAGAGUGAAGGGAAGGACCGUGUUGCGUAGGGACGGGCGCAUUCGUAAGUAAAGCGCAACCUGAUAAAUCUGGACUGACCAUUCAGAAACUGGACCACUCUCCAGUAUCUUAACACCACUUAAGGAAAUAUAUAUUUUUAAUAUCUACACCUAUUUUUUUGAUUGUAAGAACUCUGAGAACGUAUUUUCCUCCGAACCAUUCCAUUGUGGAUUCCUGCAGAUGCAGAAAGUGACUUUGGCACAUGUUUACGCAUCUUUUACACGUGCGUGUCUCUUGUUCUGGGCUGUCGUGGGCCCGUGUCAUGUGUGGAAAGUUUUAUUCUGGUCCUGUGUAACACAUGCUGCAGUAAUUUCAACCGCGAGCCUGCUGCUUUCUCACCCUCUAAUGACUGUAGCAAACACUGUCCUCGCGCCAGUGGAGGCGAAGAAGGAUACAGUAAGAUACUUGACCACAAUAACAGCAGAAAAGGAGCAGCCAGAACAGUAGAGAAUUUACAAUCCAUCCACAGUGCUGCUUGCUUUAUCAUCUGCUCACUCAAGGACAUUCAAUCAGAGGGCGCGAGCAGGUCCAGAGGUGAAGCGAGGACAAGACAGGUUGGUGUCGACAAAUUUCACCGGGGGCUCCAGUUUCAACUGGCUCUGGCCCAUGGUAUUAAAGCGUGCAUUUGACCUGGGAUAAGUUGUCAACAAGAGAAGCGGCGAACUGGCAGGUGUACAAGUUCAUUUACACGCUUACAUAUGCGCCGCUAUAAAUAGCAGUUGUUUUAAGGACUAGCAGUUUAAUACGAAGUAGUCUACUCCCCUCUUCUAUCCAAUCUCACAACCCCACGCAUAGGGACCGGGCGUGUGCGCGUGCCUAUAUAUACGCCACACAGACUUCUUCGAUUCGAAGAAGCAAUCUGCAUCCGCGAGGACUGCCCGUUGUCCUGCCCGGUGUCGGUUUGGCUGUGAGGGCGGGAGUCGUCGCAUGGACUGACAUGGCCACCGACCUCGCCAUGAGCGCAGAGUUGCCCAAUAGCCCCCUGGCCAUCGAGUAUGUCAACGACUUCGACCUUAUGAAGUUCGAAGUAAAGAAGGAGCCUCCAGAGGCUGACCGUUACUGCCACCGCCUCCCCCCGGGAUCACUCUCCUCUACCCCUCUCAGCACGCCCUGCUCCUCCGUGCCUUCCUCGCCCAGCUUCUGUGCCCCCAGCCCCGGUGGCCAGUCGGGCCAAAACCUGGCCAACGGCGUCAACAGUAGCAACAACAGCGGAAGCAGCAACCCCCAGAGCUCGGGCGGAAAACCCCACCUGGAGGACCUGUACUGGAUCCCCAACUACCAGCACCACAUUAACCCCGAAGCGCUCAAUCUGACCCCCGAGGACGCCGUGGAGGCACUCAUCGGCAACGCCCACCACCACCAUCACCACCACCAGGGCUACGAGGGAUUCCGCGGCCAGCAGUAUGUAGGGGAGGACCUGUCCACGGCCUCGGCCGGCCACCAUCACCAGACCCACCAUCACCACCACCACCAUGGACACCGCCUCGAGGACCGCUUCUCGGACGACCAGCUGGUCAGCAUGACGGUGCGCGAGCUCAAUCGGCAACUAAGGGGGUUCAGCAAAGAAGAGGUGAUCCGCCUGAAGCAGAAGAGGCGCACGCUUAAGAACCGGGGCUACGCACAGUCCUGCCGCUACAAGCGGGUGCAGCAGAGGCACAUGCUGGAGAGCGAGAAGUGCACGCUCCUGAGCCAGGUGGAACAGCUGAAGCAGGACGUCGCGCGCCUGGCCAAAGAGCGAGAUCUCUACAAGGAGAAGUACGAGAAGCUCGCGAGCCGAAGCUACAACGGUGGCGGGCCCGGUAACAAUAACAGAGACCCCUCUAACGGAAACCACGGGAAACCGGCCUCCACGGAAUUCUUCAUCCGCGUAGGCUACUCUUCGUGCAGCCCAUUCUCCCCCUGCCACGAGCUUGUAUACUGUCCCGGGAUAGCCCGUCACUCAGCGGGCCUCUCAGGGACUUGGUGCGUGUUUGCUGCUGGUGGGCCGGCGAGGCUUUCGAAGCAGCGGAGGAGGUUCUGAGACGAGGCGGGUAUGAAAGGGUGAGCAGUCAGUGAGGGGUGAGGUGGCGAUAUAACAUCCACCCAGACCAUUCCUGCAGGGUCAAUUACAUCAGGCACAAUAUUACACCAGACACCAGAACUCAGAGUACGUCUCAUGCAGGCGGCUUGCUAUUAUUGGGUUUAGGACAAGCAAGAAACACAUCGCUAACACACAACACUGAAGAUGCAGGGAGAGGGACUCCGAGUAAGUGUGUUGUACACUGAGAGAAUGAAGAGCUCAGCACCACCAAGACCAGGCGUUGCCACCACUGCUAUGCUGUACAAAAACUCCGGUCAUAAUUGAACUAUGCUGGUAUAAGUGGGUGUGACUAGAAGUUACAACAGGCCUCUCUCUGUCUGUAUUGUCCUGUAAUAAGAUCCCAAUCAGCUAAAUAAUCCCUGAAACACCUGCAUGCCAGCCCCCACACUCGGGAUGUGUGUGUGCAGGUGCGUGCGUUUUUACAUGCAUGCUAUGUAUGCGUGUUGUUUUCUUCGCCCCUCCAUGCUGGUUAUAUUUAUAGGGAAAUGAUCCUAAUUAAAUUAUAAUUUUCUUUGGUUUAUAGUCUAUGCUAUUGCUGCUUUUGACCUCAGUUAGUAGUUGGCACGCUUUAAAAUCAGUAAGUUACAUUUCAUUGGAUAUUGUUUACAUAUUAUUUACAAAUUUCACACUUGCUUAUCCGUACUUGCAUUUUCAUCUAUAAAGUUAUACGUGUUCAACAACUGAAGCUAAACAAUUUGUUAAAUGGUUUUGCUUUGAGUAUGAACGUAAUGAUUGAAUUUGCCAAAUCAAUUUUCUCAAUAGGCCACAUUUCAGUCUCUUCCCUCUCUGCUCUCUCCUUCCCCACUCCCCUUCCUCUAUCCCCCCUCUUCCUCUGGUUUUUGCUGACUCAGUGUAUUCUCUGGGUGGCCUGACAGCCAUCACUUCCCCCUGCCACUGCUGCUGCUACUACACACUCCAAUCUCUAACAUAACUUAACGAUAUAGUAUAAACAUGCAUGCACACAUUUUAUAGAUACACUAUUUAUAUCGGUGUGUAAAUGUGUGUGGCAUUGUGUGUUUUUAUUAUGGGUAUGUACAGUGUACAAUACGUGUUUGCUUCCCGGUGUACGGUUACUUACGGCCCAAGACACACGUGAAAGAGAUAAAGGGAGCGAUAGACUUGGAAAAAUAGAGGUAAUGAAAACGAAGUAGAGUGAUAGAGAGAAAGCUAGGGAUGAAAGCGCAGGUGCUGUGUCUCUGAGCUACUGUUACUACUACUGCUGCUACUACUACUGCUUCCACUACUACUGCUUCCGCGAUUCCCCAUAGUCAGCGUCAGAGAGAGAUAUCUACAUUUGGCCGCCACAUAGUAAGGCUUAAGUUGGCACAGUGAAACAAGACUACCGUCUGUGUAGUGUCUAAAAUGAGGUUAUAUUUAGGCUACCUUUUCAUAAUGAUUUCCAUUUAACUUUUCUGUAGGCCUACCUACUGGUUACUUAUUUUGGACAGCCUAACGCCAGUGAUAUAAAACUCAGUAAAACCAUGUAGGUCUAGUAGGCGAUAAUAACGUUUUGUAUUUCAUUGUUUGAGAAAUUACAUACCCCCCCUAGGCAUACAUUAAAAAAAAUUCU